AUCUUCGUAGCGUGGCCAACGCUUCAUUUCCCGGCAGCCCUUGCUGCCCCACUGGCGCGUCACUUGCCUUCCGAAUCAUGUGCGCUGCUGCGGCUGCGCAUUCCACCUAAGAGCAGGGGGGUUAAUCAUUUAGCCUAGACUCCAUUUCCCGGUGUGCCUAGCGGUGCCGCGGGAUGUGAUGGGUGUUGUAGUCCUGCCCUUCUUCGGGCUGGUCCAGUGACCGACAGGAUGUCGGAGGUGCGGCUGCCACCGCUACGCGCCCUAGACGACUUUGUUUUGGGAUUGGCGCGUUUGGCAGCUCCGGAUCCAUGGGACCCGCAGCGAUGGUGCCACCGUGUCAUCAACAACCUUCUCUACUACCAAACCAACUACCUUCUCUGCUUUGGCUUCGGUCUCGCUCUAGUCGGGUAUGUGCGUCCGCUGCACACGCUCCUGAGCGCGCUGGCAGUGCUGGUGGCCCUUAGUGUGCUGGUGUGGGCGGCUGAGACCCGAGCAGCAAUGCGACGCUGCCGCCGCAACCACCCUGCCGCCUGUCUAGCGGCAGUGCUUGCCGUUGGCCUCCUCAUUCUCUGGGUCGCGGGUGGCGCCUGCACCUUCCUGCUCAGCAUCGCCGGGCCGGUGCUUCUGAUCCUGGUGCACGCCUCUUUACGCCUUCGAAACCUUAAAAACAAGAUUGAGAACAAAAUUGAGAGCAUUGGUCUCAAGCGGACGCCAAUGGGGCUGCUACUAGAGGCGCUGGGACAAGAACAGGAGGCUGGAUCCUAAGGGCCUGGAACCUGUACCCAGGACCUGAAGAACACCCCCACCCCAGCCCUUACCGGCACACAGAUCCCUCUCCCAUUUUUUUUUUUUUUUUUGGUAUUGGGGAUCAAACUCGGGAACUUGCGCUUUCGAGGCAGGCCGGAGGAGCCACUGAGCUAAAUUCCCAGCCCUCCCAGCUUUUAUAAUAGAAGUCAAGAGCACCUUAGCCAGUCCAAAAAAAAAAAAAAAGAAAAGGACAUCAGUGAUUUCCAAUUUAAAAUUUGGGUAUCAGCCAGGUGUGGUGGCACUCGUCUGUAAUCCCAGCACUCAGGAGGCUGAGGCAGGAGGAUUACCUGGAGUUCGAGGCCAGCGUGGGCUACAUAGUGAGCUCAAGGAUAGCCCGAACUACAGAGCAAGACCCUGUCUCAAAAAAAAAUAGGGUAUCACUCACACCCAAGCCCCCAUUACCUAGGGACUAUCGUCUUCCACAACCCUCAACUUGGAACCCAGAGCCACCUACAUCCAGCCUCAGACCUUGGGGUUGGGACUAGUGUCCAUGGCCAGUCUCAAAACAUGGACCCAGAGAUACCUACCUAAAUUCUGGGACUCACCAGUCUCCCAUGUGCAGCACCAAAGCUGGGGCCUGGGUCAAGACAUUCUCAAAUCUUGAACCUUGGACCAAGGCUUUUCCAGACCCCCACCUCAACUUCAAACCUAGGUUAAGGCAUUGCCAAACCUAGACCCCAAGCCAAAUGUUCUCAGUCCUCACCUGGUGGAGUCAGGUAUCCUGACCCUGCUGAACCAGGUGACCUCAACCCUCACCGGUCCCAGUUGCCUUCUGCUAUUUAAGAGGUUUUGCCCUCCCCCAGUGUUCCACAGUGUCAUGGACCAAGGCGCGGAGGGUAAGGUAGCCGCAACUGGAUAUAUCAGUAGAUAUCGGUAGAUAUAUCAGUAUUGCUGUAACAAUAAAGCUGUUAAAUCUCUCAA